ACCCCGUUUUAGGUGAUACAAGCCACCAUCUUUGAAAAGUUCGGGGAGGGGGUGGUUUAAAUCUUUGGGGGAAGGAUUUCCAUCCAAUUCUAUCCCGUUCUUUCACUUUCUCCUUCUUUAGUAGACACAACAAACAUGGGCAUUUUUGACGGAUCCAGCAACGAAAACAGUUUCGAACAAGAUAAUUACUCACCCACAUCCACUAGUUUAAAUGAAGAAAACUUUGGUGACAAUAGCUUUGAAAAACUUCCAGAUUUUAUGUCAACCGUAGCUUACGAUGCUCAAAGACUUCAACCCGUUGCUUUACAAGGAGGACUCGAUUUCUUACAGAUUGAAGGAGAACCUACAGGAAACAUGGGAGGAGGAUCCUUGGCUCCUUCCAGAGGAUGGUCGGAUGAUUUGUGUUAUGGCACUGGCACUACCUAUUUAGCAGGCUUGACUUUGGGUGGUGUAGUAGGUAUGGCAGAAGGUUUAAAAAAGAGUGCGGGUUCACCCAAUAUGAAGGUGCGUCUGAACACUACCUUGAAUUCUAUCACUCGUCGUGGACCUGGCAUUGGUAAUUCAUUGGGCGUCAUCGCCAUGGUUUAUAACGGUACAACAGCCAUGAUUGAUGCUUCGCGCGGUGAGCAUGACGUCUUUAAUAGUUUGGCUGGUGGCGCUGCUGCUGGUGCUUUAUUCAAAUCUACUGCAGGUCCUCGUGCUGCUUUGGUCUCUGCCGGUGUUUGUGCUGGUGUUGCUGGUGCCUGGUCCUUGUUGGUCUCUGCUUUCACUGACAACUAAAACAAAUCUCAAAUACCACACACACAACAUACACUCUUGUAAUAUUAUAGACUACCUUCUUAUUCUAAACCACAAUAUCUUUAUUCUACAAACCCUUCUCCAUUUCUGUAUAUUUCACAUGGGUCCCACCCUCCUCCUUUUGGAACUCGAAUUCUUAAUAAAAUGUAAUGCCAAAAAGCUGUAUUUAUUUUAAAUGACCGCAACCUUAAAAAAAGUCAGAGAGAGAGCGCUAAAAAAGUCCGAGCUAAAAAGUCGGUGCUUCAAAAGGUUUUAAUGCUAGUAAAGCAUUGACAGGGAAAGGAACCAGGACGUGGCGUUACAUAUGAUGCUCUUUCAUAAAGCGAC